AAUGGAGCUCUAAGACUCAAAAUUGUGACCAGCAUCAAAUUUUGGAGAGAGCAUUAAGUCUAAAAAUAUGCAAUAGUUCUCCUUCCAAAUGAGCUGAACAAGUGACAUAAAAUUCAUUGGCCAUAGCUUUCUCCUCUUCUGAGUUACCUGAAUUUCACAAAAUACCCAAUAUUAAUACAUCUUUUAACUGCUUUUUCCAUUGUUUUAUCUGCUUCAUUUAUUUGUUAAUUGUUACCAUAUCUCCAUGGUGUUGCUUUAUAAAUUCGAAUAGUGUAAGAGACAUCUAAACCAAUUGUCAGUCAACAUGUAUUGAGGACCUGAGGUUUAUUGUUUCAUCAUAAUAUGGCUUUAGUGUGAGUUAUGAGGUACCACUUUUAUCUCUUACUUUAUACCUUACUAUUUUUCUUCGGUAUGGAAGCUUCUUUCUUGGAUAGAUAAGGCCCUCCUUAAUAUACUUCAUUGCUAUCUGGAACAGACAAAGGAGGAGCAUCUCAGUGACUCACAAAGCAAUCCAGUUUCUGUGAAUGGCAUUAGUAGUCAUCUGUGGCCAACCAUGCAGUGGGAAAUCAACGGCUGCGGUCUGUCUAGCUGAAGCUCUCAAAGACGCAGAAUCUAAACCAGCAGUCAGGGUCAUUAACGAAACUUCCUUUCAUCUUGAUCGCAACGAAAGCUAUGCUGACAUGGUGGCUGAGAAGAAUCUAAGGGGGGUACUUAGAUCUGAAGUUGAUAGAUCUUUGUCGAAAGAUAAUAUUAUUGUAGUGGAUUCUUUAAACAGUAUCAAGGGUUACAGAUACGAGUUAUGGUGUUUAGCUCGUGCUGCAGGAAUUAGAUAUUGUGUCCUUUAUUGUGAAGUUGAAGAGACUGAGUGUAGAAAAUGGAAUGAAGAACGCAGGGAGAAAGAAGAACCUGCCUAUGAUGAUAAGAUAUUUGAAGAUUUGGUGAGAAGGUUUGAGAAACCAGAUAGAAGAAAUCGAUGGGAUUCACCAUUGUUUGAGUUAUGGCCAGCUAGAGAUUGUAUAGAGAAAUCCUCUGUUGCCAUAGUAGACGCUAUUUCAUACUUGACGAAAAAAGUAGACUCGAAAACAAUGGAUGUUAAAGUUUUACAGCCAACAAUAGCGACACAAAAUGCAAGGUUUUCUGAGGCAAACUCUCUUUAUGAGAUGGAUAGAGCGACGCAAGAGGUAAUUAAUGUUAUUGUUGCAGCACAGUCCCAGGCAUUUGGGGGGCCUGUAAAUGGAAUUUCUGUGAGUCCAGGAUUACCAACAAUUAAUAUUACAAGAUCAGUUGGGCUGCCAGAGCUUCGAAGGCUAAGACGAACAUUUGUCAAAUUGACCGGGCAAUCUAGCUUAAGUGGACCACCUCCUCCUUCGGAUGCUGAGAGUGCAAAGAGGAUGUUUGUGGAUUACUUGAAUAGAGAAUUAGGAACUGGUUGAAGAAGGAAAAGGUUGGGUGUUAAGGGGUUCCUAGGCAAUUGGUACCUACUUACAUCUCCUGGUUUGGUGUUAAAUUAGUAUUAUCCUACCGAACAAAGAAAGGUGGUUGUCUCUGCUAAGUUUGCAUUGUGCUCUGAUUAUUGAUUGUGUUAUGUUGUUUUGUUUUUUUUUUUUUAUUUU